AUGAUAGAUAUUCCGGUGGUAAUAGUGGGAGGUGGAGGAUGCGGCCUCAGCCUCUCUUGCUUCUUGUCAAAUUAUGGAAUAGAGCAUGUCCUUUUAGAGAAGCACCAUGAUACGUCGGUCUUGCCGAAAGCCCAUUAUCUCAACCAGCGUAGCAUGGAAAUUUUCCGUUUACACAACCUUGAGGACGAAUUGAGAAACAAAAGCUGCCCAGCGCGCUAUAUGAGCCAGAUUGCAUGGAUGUCGACAUUAGGUGGCAAAGAAUUUGAUGCUAAUUUUCCUUGUAGGAAUGACGCUCCAGUACGGUCGGUAAAUCUUCCACUAUGCCGCAUGGAGCCGAUAUUGCGACGCCUGGCAACCGAGAAAACCAUCGCCAGAGUGCUUUUUGACCACAUAGUUACAGACAUUAGGGACGACGGAGACUAUGUUUACGUAGGAGGGAAAGAUACUGACGGUGUGGAGUUCAGAUACCGUGCCAAAUAUCUAGUUGGAGCUGACGGUGGCCGGACUGUUGGCCCUAAAAUCGGCGUGGAGAUGGAAGGUGAAAAGGGGCUCACGGACAUGAUCUCGGUGCAUUUCCUGGCAGAUCUGUCGCAAUACUGGGACGAACGCUUCUUCGCAUGCCAUAUGAUCAACGGCAAUUGCGGCACAGUCUUCGAAAGUGGCGCUAUCGUUCCCAUGGGCCCCAAUUGGGGCAAGCACUCUAAGGAAUGGAUCUUUCACUUUGGCUUUGAUCUAGAUGAUGAAGCUAGAUUCGAAGAAGAGAAGUUGAUCCCACGCAUCCGGGAGAUCUUGAAUAUUCCCAACCUUGAUAUCAAGCCAAUAAAGACAAGCCAUUGGAUCAUCGAAGCCGUACUCGCGAACAAGUAUCGGCAAGGGCGCGUUUUUAUUGCCGGUGAUGCAGCACACAAGAGGCCACCCACGACUGGCCUUGGACUGAAUACAGCGAUUGAGGACUCGUACAAUCUAGCAUGGAAACUCUCAUUAGUCCUAAAAGAAAAAGCAGAUGCUAGGAUUCUCGACACCUAUGAGUCUGAAAGAAGGGCUAUUGGGAGAAGAAAUGUGGACUGGGGUCUUUUCACGUUUCAGAACUCUGCCGUUAUCAAUGCUGUGAUUGGGCUUGUCCCUGGACAAACAGCGAGUAAUCGGGCCAGAUUUGCUAAGAUGUUUGAAGAUUCAGAGAUUGCGGCAGCAUUGCGCGCACAAACUGCCAAGAUCAUUGACUCCCAAAGAAUUGAAUUCUCAGCCCACAACAUUGAAUUGGGCUUCAAGUAUGGAACUGGGGGAUUUGUUGUCGAUGACGGCACGGAGCCCGAUGAGAGCGACCCAUUGGGCCAGAACUAUGUUCCUAGUACUCGACCUGGAAGCCGCCUUCCGCACGCGUGGAUCGAGCUUCUUGACAAGAAGAUGAGUACUCAUGAUGUCGCCGGGAGCGAUGGCGGCUUUGCAUUAUUUACGGAUGAUGUGGGUGAAGCAUGGAUCUCAGUUGCUCAUAGGUUCGCAAAUUUCAUGGGCAUCAAGAUCUCAAUUGCACAGUUUGGGCCACUGCUUCACCAUGUCAAAGACUGUGAUGAUGUUUGGGCAAAGGUAAAGGGGAUUAAGCGAGGAGGUGCCCUGUUCGUCCGACCGGACAAUAUCGUUGCUUGGCGAUCUUUGCACAAGAGCAGAAGUGAAGGAGGAGAGCUGAUGCAGGCCCUUGAGCUGCUCUUUGGAAGGGGCAUUGCAACUAUGAACGGUGUGAAUGGUACCAAGUAG